GGCCGCCCGUGCGCGGAGGUCCCUUGUGUGUGUGUCCCCCUUUGUGUGUGUGUCCCCCCCUUUGUGUGUGUGUCCCUUGUGGUGUCCUUCCCUCCAUGGCACCGCUGCUUUUCUCUGCCAACGUGUCGUGGCUGUUCCCCGAGCUGGGGGCCCUGGGCGGGCGGCUUCGUGCGGCGGCCCAGGCCGGUUUCCCGGCCGUGGAGAUGGGCUGGCCCUACUCGGAGCCCGCCGCCCAGCUGGCCCAGGCCGCCAACCGGGCCGGGGUCCGCGUCGUCCUCCUCAACACCCCCCCGGGAGCCCAGGAAAAGCAGGAAUUAGGCCUGGGGGCAGUGCCCGGCCAGCAGGAUGCCUUCCGGAAGGGCCUGGAGCAGGCUGUGCACUAUGCCCGGGCGCUGGGCUGCCCCAGGAUCCACCUGAUGGCAGGACGGGUGCCCCUGGGGGCGGAGCGGGCCGCGAUGAUGGCAGAGAUGGAGAGGGUCUUCGUGGAAAACCUGAAGCACGCUGCCGACGUGCUGGCCCAGGAGAACAUCGUGGGACUGUUAGAACCAAUCAACACCCGGCUCACUGACCCCCGCUAUUUCCUGGACACCCCCCAGCAGGCGGCUGCCAUCCUGCAGAAGGUCGGGCGGCCCAACUUACAACUACAGAUGGAUGCAUUCCACUGGCAGAUCAUGGAUGGAAACCUGACGGGGAACCUACGAGAAUUCCUGCCUCUCAUCGGCCACGUCCAGAUUGCUCAGGUGCCUGGGAGACAUGAACCGGACAGUCCUGGGGAGCUGAAUUUUCCCUACCUGUUCCAGCUGCUGGAGGAUGAAGGCUACAAAGGCUACGUGGGCUGCGAGUAUUCCCCCCGUGGAGACACGCUGGAGGGCCUGGGCUGGCUGCAUUCCUACUGGGAAACCCGGGGUCUCCAGCCCAAAAGGCAGUGAGGUGGCCUGCCAAGUGAAGCCCUCACCUGGGGGCAAGGCCAAAGGACCCUUCCUUCCCCCCAUCUUCUGGAGAGAGGAGCAGGGGUGAUGGGGUAGGGAACUGGGGCUCUUGUCAGGAUCCAAAUUUGGCAAUAAAGACUUCCCCCCAACUUGA